AUGGAUAUCGGUAGCAGUGUUGCAACAACAGUUAUCCCCUGCCUGGCAUGUAAAGCAUGGGAAGAACUUCGGUACCUGCGUAAAUACAAGAGUUAUGUUCGAGACUUUAGAAAUGAACAAGGAAAGUUGUCAGCUGAAAUGAAAAGAGUAAAGCUGAAGAUAGAUGAAGCCAGCAAAAGAAAUGAGACUCUAGUUGAUCCUAGAGUUGAAGACUGGCUUAAAAGAGCCAAUCAACUUUUACAACAAGACACUAAACCAACUAAAUGCUUUGGCUUGUGUGUGAAUUGCUGCUCGCAAACUGCACGAGCAAAGGAGCUGGAAAGUUUGAUCAAAGAGGUAAUUCCAAAAUUGAUCACUGAAGUUCAAGAAUUUGAUGCAUUUGCACAUGCAGUUGGAGUGCCAGGCAUGGAAUUCCAUUCACAAAACUUCAUGUCCUUUAAGAGUAGAAAGGCGAAAUUUGAGGAACUCAAGAAGGAAUUAGAAGAUGACAAUAACUAUAUGGUAGGAUUGCAAGGGUUUGGAGGAACGGGGAAAUCCACAAUGGCAAUAGAAGUCGGGAAACAAGUUGAAAACACAAAUUCCUUUGAUAGAGUCAUGUUCAUUAGUGUGUCUACCCCUGUGGACAAGAAAAGGAUUCAAGAUGACAUUGCAAAGAAAUUGGAAUUGCAGUUAGAAGAAGAGAAGCUAUUGACCCACGCAGAACAAAUAUGGAACAGGAUUGCUUAUGCAAGAAAGGUGCUCAUAAUACUUGAUGAUGUCUGGGAAAAGCUUGAUCUUAAGAAUUUGGGGAUUCAGCCAGGCUUCCAUAGAAAGGGUCGUUGCACUGUUUUGCUAACCACACGUUAUGUGAAUGUUUGUACUGACAUGGAAUGCCAAAAGAAGAUUAAACUAGAGGAGUUAGAUGAGAACGAUGCAUUGAAUCUUUUCCUUUAUCAUGUUGGUCAGGAUUGCCGCGAUGAUUUGAAGAAGGUGGUAGUGGGUAUUGUGAACGAGUGUGGAAGAUUACCAGUUAUAGUUGUCGCAAUGGCAAAGUCCUUAAAAGACUGGCCUAAAAAAGAUUGGCACCGUGCUUUGAUAGCAUUGAGAAGUGCGAAUGAACCCUCAAGUCGUGGGAUUGUUGAUGAAAAUAUGACGAAGUUUUAUAAUUCUUUGAAGUUAAGCUAUAAUUAUCUGAAAGAUGAACAAGCCCAAGUUCUCUUCCUGCUGUGCUCUGUAUUCCCAAAAGCUUAUGAAAUACCCAUAGAGCUUUUAAGCAGGAUUGCUAUAGGAUUAGGGCUAUUUGGAGAAACUGAAUAUGAUGCAACAAGAAGUCAAGUGUGUGUGAAGAAAAACAAGCUCAUAAAUUCCUCUUUAUUGUUGAAGGCUGGUGAAGAAUGUGUAAAGAUGCAUGAUUUGAUUCGUGAAGUGGCCAUGGAGAUAGCAAAUGAAGAGAUUCAAGUGAUCAUGAAAUCUAAUAUGAAUUUGAAGGAGAAUAUGAAAUAUUCAUCUUGGAUCACAAAUGGCUUUCCCAAUUGUUUUAAUGGUAGCAAACUUAAGGUUCUCUUAGUAUGGAUAAAUGCAAAUGGUUCUUUAGAAGUUCCAAAUACAGUCUUUGCAGGGAUGAAGAGUCUUAGAGUUCUGCUUUUGUAUUCAAAAAUUGAGUUUGGCAGAACUUUAGCCCUCUCACUACCCAAAUCAAUUCAAUCAUUGAAAGAUAUUCGAACACUGUGUCUAACAAAUUGGGAGUUAGGUGAUAUAUCUAUGUUGAUAAGAAACUUAAAAGAUCUUGAGUCUCUAGAAUUGACCAAUUGUUCAAUUCUUGAUUUGCCAAAUGGAAUUAGUGAGCUAGGCAUAUUGAGAUUUCUAUGCUUGAUGCGUUGUUUGCUUGAAAAGAACAAUCCAUUUGAAGUGAUUGCAAGUUGCUCAAAACUGGAAGAGUUGUAUUAUAUCUCGAAUGAUGAUCAUAUGCCCAUCGACACACAGGUUCCUCAAAUAAAUAUACCCCUUCCUCAAUAUCAAAUAUAUCAUAUAGAUGGUAGUGGGUUCUCUGCAUUUGAUUCUUGUCAGUUGGACGCUUCAAUAAAAACGAGUUUCAAGCCAGCCAAGUUACAAAGAAUGUUCUCCAGAGAAAUAAUUAAAUCCUUGGCAGCAAGAGCAGAGAUUUUGGAGUUAGAAGGAGAUGAUGAAUCUAGCUGGGGCAAUCUUAUUCCUGAUGUUGUUUCAAUUGAAGAUGAAGCUACGAGAGACUUAAUCAAGCUUUCAUUGAAGAAAUGGUCAAAGAUGAACUGUUUGAUACAUACUAAACUUCUUCAACUUACACCUGGUAUGGCUAUCUUCAGGAAGUUAGCUGAACUGCAACUUGUUGGAGUGGCUGUGAGAGAAAUAUGUAGUGGUCCUUAUCCUGAUGGCUUUCUCAAGCAACUUGAGAAGUUAGAGUUAAGGGAUUGUGAAGAGUUGGAAAGCACAUUAUUUAAAGGCAAGCUAGAGCUAGGUAAUCUUAAGUCCAUAGAAGUAAAGGAUUGUUCAAUGUCGUGCCUUUUUCAUCCAUCCACUGCCCAAAGUCUAAGAAAGCUAGAAACUUUGAAGAUUACUAGAUGUUCUAAUCUGAAAUACAUAAUAAGGGAUGAGGGAUUAUCAGGAAAGGUGAAAGCGGAUGAUAAAGAUCCCAAUCCAAGGAGUCAUGACUCAAUGUUUCAAAAAUUGAAACUCUUCAGUAUUAAAGGAUGUGACGAAUUGGAAUUCAUGUUGCCAAUUUGUUUUUGUGAUGACCUUCCUACACUUGAAAGUGCGAAGAUUUCUGAGUGUGAAAAUCUAAAAUACAUGUUUGGGCAAUAUCCAGAAGAGAGAGGGUUGCAUCAAAUGCAAAAAGAAAACAUACUCUGUUCGUUGAAAGUGCUGUCUAUUCUAAAAGUUCCUUCAUUCGUCAACAUAUAUCCAGAUUGUCAUCUCCCACAAAAAUCAGAAGCAAAUACAACUGAAGGGUCAAAGGCAAAAGACAAGAGUCCAGGUCGCAAUGUCUCUUGUGGUUCUUUAUGUUGUUUUAUGCCAAAAUCAAAAGCUACAAAUGAAGAUGAGUCAUCCACUUCCAAGGCAACUCAGCCGGACCACACUAGCCCACAGGUACAUAUAUAUGUUCCUCCCUCGCACUUUUUAUCAGUGCUACAAAUGGUUAUUUGCAUUGAGGGAAUUAAAUAG